AUGUCAAGUUUCUUCGGAAUCCCAACUGGCGGCUCGUCGCCGCAGCCUGCCUCCUCUCUUUUCGCCGCGUCGGGAGAGAAAAGUUCUGCGGGCUCUCGUGGAGCUGGGCAAACCCAGUCUGCGCCUUCUCUCUUUCCGUCGCCUGUCUGUCCCUCGACUGCAUCGUCUUCUUUUCUCUUUUCCUCUUCCACUGCACCUUCAUCUUCUCUCUUCUUCUCUUCCACUGCAUUGUCUUCUUCUCUCUUUUCCUCGUCCACUGCACCUUCUUCUUCUCUCCUUUCUUCUCCUGCGUUGUCUUGUGGGUUGCCUGCUGGAGGGGGGUUGUCUUCUUCCUCCUCGCCGUCCUCCGCUGCGGCGCAACCCGCGGCGAGCUCUGCGCCCGCAGGCAAAGAGAUUCCGCGGCCUCCAUCGCCCGUGUCUCCCUCGCCUCUGUCUUCUUCUGCGUCGGGUGCCUCGUCUUCCCUUUCUUCUUCCGGCACUCGGCCUGCGGCUACGCGCGCUGCUGCGAGUCCGUUUGUAGCGAGCGACGGCGCAGCCGCGCGAAUCCCGUGGCGGCCUCUGGCGACUCCGCCUGCGUUGUCUUCUCUCUUUUCGGUCGCGGAGGACGUCUCUGCGAGGGUCGUGGCCUGCGCAGGAGACGUGGCUGCGGGAGAGGAGGAGGGCGACGAUGCGAAGAAGGCGAGGGGGGGCCGCAGCCAGGCAGAUCCCGGCGCGGGCGCCGCGCCGUCCGCCGCCUUCUUUCCGCCUUCCGUCCUCUCUGAGGCGGAUAUCCGAGAGAAGCUCGUGAGUUGUGCCUCGCGUCCGUCUCCCUCCGGUGCGAAUUCGGCGGGUGCUUCUUCCCCAUCUGUGCGCCGCUCCCGUCCGCGGCGUCUGAUGCCGGCGGUGCAGCUCAGCUGCUCAUGUCUGCGGCGAGAGGACGCUUCUGCGGGAGAGGAGGAGCCCGCGUUGUGCACUGUCUCGAUUCUGCGGCAGUGGAGUGCGUCGUUUUCCGAGCGAGGCCUGCCGCGCAGCGUCGUGGCGCUUCGCGUGGCUCACGUGCGAGGAGGCGACAAGGAAACUGCGUCGCGCGCCCGAGAUCCGCCUGCGGAGACCCCCGCGAUGGGGUGUACGUACAUGGUGAUUGUGAGCAUUCUGGGCUACGACGUCGAGGCGCAGAGUCCGUUUUCCUUCGUGUGCUCCAACUCCGCGGGCGUCGUCGCCCUCCUCUCGGAGUCUGCCUGCUGCGUCUGCUCGCUGCCUCCGCCUCCGUCUCGUGGCGCGGGCGACGAGCGCGCGGCGACGCCGGGCGAGCCGAGGGUCGAGGGAGAAGGCCGCGCCGCAGCAGCUGAGAAGGGGGAGAAGCCUGGCGCGGCCUCGAGCGCGCAGCGGCGCCCGAUCUAUCGGUGGAUGCGCGAUGAAGACUGGGAAGAAGAAGAGGAUGCCGACCACGACACCGCGGAGCCCGUCCUCCACGUCCGCGGGCGCCUGCUGCUCGACGAGCUGCGCCGCAGCCUCGAGGCCGACGAGCCGGAGGAAGACGACGCUGCCGUGCUCCGCGCUCGCCGUCCGCCGAGGUCCAUGGUCCAGUGUCUCCUCCACCCCUUCUCGGAGUCCGCGCUCGUCCUGCUCACCCACGAGCUGCGGCCGGCGCCGGGCUCCGGCGGAGACGCGGUCGCUGAGGAGACAGAGUACGAGGCGGUGGGGCUCCCCGAGGCGUCUGGCGCGGCGCCGAAGGCGGAAGAAACGCGGGCCGUUCUGCGGCUCUUCGACCUCGCUGUGAGCACCGAGGCGCCGGAGACAGAAAUCGUCAUCCCGCAGCCGCCGUCGCCGGCCGCUGGCGCGCGCGCGCUUCCUGUGCAGUUCGCGCUGGGAUGCGCUUCCGAGCGCCUCGACUUGUGGCCUGCGCUCGCAGUCUUCCUCCUGUUCCCCUCCGCUCCGCGAGCUGCGGCGCCUGCGUCGUCCGCGCCCGGCGUCGCCCUCUGUCUCUGUCCUUUUCUGCCGCGGCGGGCGCCAGGCCUCCCGGCUCCGCUCGCCCUGGCGCUGCAGGAGGCGACGACGCAGGCGCGGCUGCUCGCGGAGACAGGCGCGGGCAGGGCGGGCGGCGCGCCAGAAGGCGCCGCGGAGGCCGCGAGCCCCUCGGGAGGAGCCAAGGGACGCGCCGCUGGAGCCGCGAGCACGGAGCGCGGAGACUCGCUCGACCGCCACACGAGAAAGUGGCUGCUGGCGCGCGAGGGAGAGGGGAAGCGAGGCGCCGCGCCAAUGCGGGAGGCUGGAGAGACAGAGAAGCGCGACUAUGCUGGAGCCGACGCGGAGGAAGAAGCGCGAGCGUCGUCGCCGAGUGAAGACGAGUUUGCAGAGGCGUGCCCCGGAGACCGAGUCCUCCCUGUGGCGCAGUGGCUCGCCUUGGCGGACGUGGCAGAGGGGAGCGACGACGGGCGCACCGCGAAGCAGGGUCGGUCUGCUGCGUCGUCGGAAUCAGGAAAGCGGGGCGACGCCGGGGCGCUCGGCUCAGACGCAGGAGGACGCUCCAUGGACUGCGUCGCUUCCGCGGAGGACGGAGACGACUUGUGCGCGAUUCUGCUCUUCGCCACAAGCCCGCUGACGCUGCUUCUCACCGCCUCGGAGCGCGGCGACCUUCGCGUCUGGGCGGCGGCGGACGAAAUUCGGCCUUGCAUGCGGCCGGCGGCGCAGUCUCCAGAGAGGGAGCUGAAAUUUUUCCUUCUGCAAAAGGCGCACUUCCUCGACUCACCCGACUCGCGUGAGGCGCAGCCGCUGCCUCCCUCGCCGAGCGCAGACGGCCCCUGCGAGAGAGAGACGCCCCCCGCGGGCGUCCGCGUCGGGCGUCUCUCUCUUCUGCCGCUUCCGCCGCGCUUGACCGCAGCGGCUGUGCCGGCGGCCUUCGUCUGCGACGCCGCGCGCGUCGCGCUGCUCGAGUUUAACUUCCUGUCCGCAAGGGCCGCGGCAGCCGCGCUCGGCUCUGACGCCUCGCCGCAGCUUAGCAGGCCCUGGCUGUCUCUGCGGCCUGUCCUCUGCGCAAAGGAAAGCGCGAGUGCGCGCGACGGGUCUCUGCUUUGCUCGAUUAGUCUUCACUUUUCGCCGCCGUCGUGGAAAUCCCAAGAGGAGAAGACUUCUUGCACUUCGCUGCUCUCUUCUCUCCCGCCUCUCUCGCUCGUGGGGUCGUGCUUGCCUGCCGCCGCGUCUGCGGCGUCUUCUUCUCUUUCUUCCGCUUCGCUGCUUUUCUUCUCGCUCGACGUGAGCGCGCUUCUCUUUGGGGACUGGUGGACGCCUGGGCGAGGAGGCGCGGGCCGCGGCGAUGCUCCUGUGGGCGCGGCGGCGUCUGCGGCGUCGCUCAGCUGCAAACUCGGGGCAACCAAGGAGGCGCAUGCGCGCGCAGAGGAGCUCCUCAGAAGCCACGAGACGCAGCUGCGCGAGGUGAAGCAGAAAAUCGCGCGCGCUGCCCAGGCUUCCCGACAAGCCGCAGAGAGCGGAGCGACCAAAGACAUGCGACAGGCCACGGCGGCCGCUGCAGAGUUCGCGAGCUCGCUCCUGGCGAACCUCCAGUUCGCCGACGAGUGCUUGCUUCAGGUGCUGCGGCGCGAGGAGUCGCGCCUGCGCGUUUCGAAGACGGCGAGUCUCGCGCGGUGUGCGUGCGCGCUGGACGAGGACGUGAAGGGCCUCUGGGCGACGCAUCGGCGCCAGGAGGCGCUCCGCAGGGAGCACGAGAGGCGGCUCGAGGAGCUGCAAAGCAACAUGGUUCUCCUCGAGGGUCUUUGCUCAGAAGCUGGGAAGCACCUGCGACAGAGAGACGAAGUCCUUCGUUUGCGCGAGCUCCAGGAAGCUUGGGCUAAGCUCGAGCGGGACGUCGCCGCGCUCCCUGGCGCCCUCCUGGAGGCCUGUCCGCCGGUUGGAGCCCAACGCGGUCGCAGCGCUUCCGGGCGCACGGGGGUCGCGGGGCACUACGGGGAGUCGGAAGGGGACAGCGACGCCGGACGCGAGAAGGGUGUCCGCGGAGUCGGGGCUGCCAAAUGUCUCUCUUCAGGCGACGCAAGGAGAGAAUACUUGCGCGAUGCCUUGGUGUGCGGGGAUGCAGAAAGCGAUGCAGACCGGGAGGAACGAAAAGCGGCGUCUCAGCUUCUCGGUGCGAUCGAGGUGGCUCGGGGUCAGUUGUCGCUGCUGCACCAGCGCCAGGCGAACCUGGAGACGCUCGUGGAGAGGGCGGCGUCGAAGACGCCGCUGAACUGA